ACUCUCUUUCAGCUAUGCAAUCUACUUCUCUAUAACAUCUCUCUCCCUCUCUAACUCUAUUCAAAUAUCACACCAAUACGUUCCUGCAGCGCGCAAGCGCAAAAGUCAUUGAUGGCCGUAUGGGAAUUUAUCUUAGCGCUCACUUCAGUGAGCUAAGCCAGAGCCAACUAAUACACAAGAACAGAAUAAGAACAGAACUAAUCAAAUGUUCUGGUCAUGUUUAGUCCGUACCAAAACAUAGGUGACAACAUUUUUUGUAUAAACUGCUUUAUACUCAAACAUUCCUUGUAAAAGUUGAUGCGAUUCAAUUUUAAAAUAAUUUAAAUUACAUUUGCUCAAUUAUGGCUCGAGCAGGAACAAAAUUAGAUGCUAAAAAAGUUAAUUCUGAAUUAUUUACUCUUACAUAUGGAGCUCUGGUUUCUCAACUUCUGAAAGAUUAUGAAAAUGUAGAUGAUGUCAAUAAACAAUUAGAGAGAAUGGGAUACAAUAUGGGAGUCCGUUUGAUAGAAGAUUUUUUGGCUCGGACAGGCUCUGGUAGAUGCUAUGAUUUCAAAGAUACUGCUGAAAAAAUUCAAUCAGCUUUUAAAAUAUAUUUAGGCAUUACACCCACAAUCACCAACUGGAGUGUAACAGGAGAUGAAUUCUCACUAUGUUUUGAAGCAAAUCCCCUUACAGAAUUUGUUGAACUUCCAGAUCAUUGUUUACACCUGAAGUAUUGCAAUGUAUUGCCAGGAGUACUUAGAGGAGCAUGUGAAAUGGUACAGAUGGAAGUUGCUGCAUGCUUUGUACAGGACCAAUUGAAAAAUGAUAAUAUUACUGAACUUAGAGUAAAGUUUAUAAAGCGAUUAGAAGAUGCAAUUCCAGCUGGUGAAGAUUGAAAUAAUUCAAUGUUUCUUUAUAUUUCUAAAUAAACUUUAAUGUUUUAAGUGUUACAAUAUUUAAAUAGUGUAGUAAUAGUAUUUAGAGUCAAAUUCAUUCUAUUACACUUAUAAAUAAUCUAUUUAUAUUAUGUAUAAAAUGAUGAAA